AUGGAGAGAGCCAUAGAGGCUUUCUUCAGCUUGCAAUUGUUUGCCAACUUGAGGAGCAGAGUGGAUUGCAACUCCGAGGGAGGUGGAGUUGCUGCUGUCAGGGAGGUUGUAGUAGUUGGACAAGAUCGAGUCAGCAAGAUCGGAGGUCAAGUUGUAAGCAGUGAGCAAACCUUCGACAUUGGAGCAGGACUGAGAUCCGUACUCACUGAUUUGCAUAAUGACGUUGACGAUCCACAAAGCAUGGGAAGUCACCUCGCUACCAAGAAGCGAAGUCAAGUACGAUGUCUGAGACUUGGAAACGGUAACAGCAGAUUUUCCAACAAAGUCAGAGGCCGACUUGGACAAAGUGCGGAAGGCUGA